ACAGGUCUGCUAGUUGUUGCACUUGUCAUCACACUACAAUCUCUAUACACUGGCGCUGAGCACUGGAACGGGGUUUACGAUGCACCACGUUGUCCAAUACGAAUGUGUCUGACUGGGCCUCCGCCAGUUUGUGAGAAAUUAAAAAUGAAGCCUUGCUAUGCAGAUCGGGAAGUUAUGACAAUGUUUGGGAAAAACUUCUUAUGCGAUACCAAAACAGACGGAGGUGGUUGGAUUCUUAUGCAGCGUCGAAUUCGCCCUGGUGUAAAUUUUAAGGAAAACUGGCAAACAUACAAAGAAGGAUUUGGCACGUUAAGUGGUGACUUCUGGAUUGGACUGGAUUUUAUCUACUUGCUAAUGACGCAACACAUAAAUGCACAUAAUAACAGCCAGUUCUACACAAUUGACAGGUCUGACGGAUAUAAUUGCGCAGCACAUUACGAAGCAGGCUGGUGGUUUAACCGAUGCUACACCGCAUAUUUAAAUGGUGUAUGGGUUGAGACAAGCAGAUAUGAAGGCAUUCACUGGGAUGCACUAGGUAAAGAAGUCCACACUUUACAGUCCGUGGAGAUGAAACUUCGAAAGAAGAAUUAUUAG